UGACGGUGUGGUCCCCGGCGAGCCACAGUUUGCAAAGGAGGCAGGGUUACCAAGCUGGUUUUCAACGGUUGUGUGACGUGUGAAAGUGAAUGUGGGCUGUUAGCGACGUCUAAACUGGAAACUUUUGAAGCAAACUGCGGCUUAGCGUCGGCUCCACGAAGAAGACUGAGUAUGUGGUGAAUUGAAAUGAAGCUACAGUAUAUGUGCUUGGAUUAUGCGUUCGAUAUGUGGCCGCCCGGUCAUGUUGAGCUUGGAAUAUUUUGCUUCUUGGAUCAGGCGUUCGGAAAUGGAGUGUGCAGCCCUGGCCUUCUCUUAAGUAGUAAACCUAAAAAGAGAUAACUCACUAAAAUGGGUUCUUUUCAACAUCGUAUGUGGUCAGAUAACAAGCUCUGCACUGCGGAAGUAAGGUCGCGGGGUGAUCUCCCUUAGGAAGUCAUGACGUUUCGCUUUCGUUUUCCAUCCUUGAUGAGAGAAGCUGCAGCUGAGUUCGCUGCUACCUUCAUCUUACUGACUUUUGGAAUUGGAUCAGUGGCGCAGAUGGUUCUCAGUAAGGGGAAGUUUGGAACUUUCUUCUCUGUCAACUUUGGUUGGGGAAUUGGCGUAACGCUUGGCUGCUACUGGGCCGGUGGGAUUUCAGGAGCUCACAUGAACCCCGCGGUCACAUUGGCCUUUGCCGUCGUCGGGAGACUUCCAUGGAAGAAGGUUCCCGUAUAUUGGAUGGCACAGAUGUUGGGAGCUUUCGUCGCUUCGGCUUGUGUUUAUGGAGUUUAUUAUGAUGCAUUGAAUGCGUUUGAUGGAGGAGUACGACAGAUAUUGGGUGAUAGUGGAACUGCAGGGAUCUGGGCAACCUAUCCCCAGUCUUUCUUGUCUACAUGGAAUGGACUAGGAGACCAGGUGUUUGCCACAGCCCUGUUGGUCGGGUGCGUCUUCGCCAUCGUCGAUAAGAACAAUAAUGCUCCCGACCAAGGCGUGGCACCAGUCAUGAUAGGUCUGCUCGUAUUUGUGAUCGGCGCCACUUUCGGGUUCAAUUGUGGUUACGCUAUCAAUCCUGCGAGGGAUCUGGGACCAAGGUUAUUUACAGCAGUGGCUGGAUGGGGCAGUGGAGUAUUCACUGCGGCUAACAAUUGGUCGUGGGUUCCAGUCGUGGGAUGCAUGUUGGGCGGAGUCCUGGGUGCCCUGGUAUACAUUGUUCUUAUCGAAAUACACCACGUUCCAGGAGAUGAUGGGGAGACUGGUUACGAACUUCAGUCAGUCUUUUCAACUAAUCCCGAGUUUACAAGGUCUAGGACUCAAGAAAAUGGUCUGGGUAUGGGAAACAUGGCCUUUACUGAGGAUGGUAUGCGUCAACUUACUUGCCAGGGACCUACGAUGAGUGUGGUUGAAAAGACAUCUCAACUGUAACUAUUUGAUGAGUUGUUGCUGUGUAUUUAACGUGACCGCUUCAGAUUCGGAAAAAAAAAAUUAUUUUGGCUUUUGUAAUUGUGUAUUCUUACUCUGCAUCUUGGCUUUGCAUUGGAUUAAUGAAGUUGAUAGAGCCGCUGCAUGCAAAGAGUACAUUCCAGUGAUUUUUAAAAUGAAAUCAUGGCACUCGAUGUUCCGACUUAGUCACGCUUCAGUGAAUUUUUAAUUAUGACAUAUAUCAUCCUUUAAAAGACGUUUAUAACUAAUUAAUUAGAAUUUGCUAGAAAUGAAAGAAGUGCCUCGCAAUUUUUUGAAGAAAAAAAAUCAACUUAACAAAUCGUUGCGAUAUACUGCUUUUUUUAAUAAAUCUUCCAGCGCU